AUCCUGGCCACGGUCGAAACCUAUCGAAAAUUUUUUUUUUUUUAGCCCCACGGUCGAUAAAACAUUUUCCUGUGUGCCUCUCGUCGUGUACAAAAUAAAAAAAAAAUAAAAAUAAAAAUAAAAAUAAUAUAUACAAAAAAAUAUAUAAUAACCAUCGGGUGUGUGUGGUAGAAGUGGUUUUAAUUUUUUAUCGUAACGAGUAUGUGGAGUGCGCUGUGAAUGGACACACGGAGGAGGAUUUCGCCAAAGUUCUGGGCAAAAUGGAAAUAUGCAUAAUACGAAAAAGUGGCCAGAAGCAGAACCAGCACCAGCACCACCACCAGCUACACCACCACCAGCACCAAUACUAGUAGCAACAAAAACAAUAGUAAUAGAAACUAACCAAAAGCACCUGAGACACUCUCUCUGUGUGUGUGUGUGUGUGUUGUAAUUGUUGGAAAAGCGUUCGUUCGUUCGUUCAGGGGGGUGGUGCCUGUGUGUGUGUGUAGAGAGCCAUAGAGCCAUAAAUUAGAAUCGGAUACGGAUUUCGAUUUUGGAUUCGACAGCAACGACAUUGAAGUCCGCUACCCACAACUGCACAACUGCUGCUGCUGCUGCUGUUUCGGCACCUCCCACUCCCUCCCUACUGGAGAAGCAGCAAUCUGGAAGCAAUCAGCAUGCCAUCUACAACCACCACGGACCAGGAUCAAUAAUACAGCCAAUCUAACAGCCAACAACAAUCAAAGACAAUAAAAAAUCCAUAAGCGGCGGAGAAUCCAACAAAUUUGGACAUCAAAAGGAGGAAUCACGCGCCAGACCAGACCAGACCAGACCAGUCAUCCAGACCAGCCAGUCGGCCCAAUACGGCAGCAAACAUAGUCCUGAGAGCCGGCACGAGCAGCUGCAGGAGCUGCUGAACAUCCCCCCCCAGUCCAGUGACCAGUCCACCGUUGGCCCGCGACCACCAUGGUGAGUAACAACCUGGUGGUGCCGGUGGUGCUGUGGGGACCCACGGCGCCCACCCACUGCAUAUCGAGCGUGUUCCUCUCGGACGACCAGUGCACCCUGGUCACCGGCUGCUACGAUGGCCAGAUCUGCCUCUGGCAGGUGGAACCGACCACCCUGAAGAUGUCUCCGAGGUGCCUCCUGGUGGGACACUCGGCGCCAGUACUGUGCCUGGUGAGGGCAUCGCUGCUGCCGGAGAACAGCUUCCUGGUCAGCUCAUCGGAGAACGGAGAGAUGUGCACCUGGGACCUGACAGACGGCAAGUGCAUGGAGGCGGUGAAGCUGCCCCAGGUCCACACCCAGAUCCAGAGCUACCACACCGCCAACAGCGAGGAUGUGCGCCUCUUCUGCAUCGGCUACUAUGCCGAGAUCAUGGUCAUGGAUCCGUUCAGCCUGGAGGUCAUCUACGUGCUCAGCUCCAAGGUGAAACCGGACUGGAUAUCGGCCAUUCAUGUCCUGCGUCCGAUGCGGCGCAAGGACGAUGUGGUGCUGGCCAUCACCACCACCGGCACCGUCAAGGUCUGGACGCUGACGGGCAACGAGAACAAGCACGCGGAGCCCAUCUACGAGAACGAGUCGAAGGAGAUCCGGUGUUUGAACGCCAUCACGAUGAACUGCUGUGCCCAGAACCAGAGGACCGUCCUCCUCGUCUGCACCAAAUACUGGCAGAUCUACGAUGCCGGCGACUUCACCGUCCUCUGCUCCGUGAUCGCUCCUGCCCGGGAGCGGUGGCAGGGCGGUGACUUCAUCACCUCCGACCGGGUGAUGCUAUGGACCGAUGAGGGCAAGGGUUAUCUCUACAAGCUGCCCGCCAACUGCAUUCCGGACAACAAGGAGUUCCACUCGAAGAGCGUCGUCCGCGACGCCCCCUAUCUGUACUACAUCCUGCAGCACGCCGGCGACAAGGUCCUCUCCUGUCCCCCGGCCAUGAAGCUCCUCCAGGGCGCCGCCGGCCAGCACAAUCUGUUGCGUGGCGACUCCGAGGGCUAUAUCUCGGUGUGGAAUGUGCCGGAGGUGCCGCUGGACAACAUCAGCAUCCUGCAGGCCAAGCAGAUGCCUCCGCGCGUCCUCAAGCCCCAUGUCUGCACCUCGCUGGUGGAGGCCUGGUCGAUUAUGGAUCCGCCACCAGUCGGUAUACUGGACCAGCUGUCCCGGAUCACAGAGUCACCCGUGAAGCUCACGUCGAGCAUCUACCUGCCGCAGCAGAGCCGGCUGGUGAUUGGACGGGAGGAUGGGAGCAUUGUGAUCGUACCGGCCACCCAGACGGUGAUGAUGCAGCUGCUGGUGGGGAUUAAGCAGAACUUCAGUGACUGGCCCUCGCACCAGAUCCUGUACGGACAUCGUGGGCGGGUCAACUGCCUGCUGUGCCCCUCGAUGGUGCACUCGCGGUACGAGAAGUCCCACCUCCUGUCCGGCGGCAUCGACUUUGCCGUCUGCCUGUGGGACCUCUACAGCGGCAGCCUGCUGCACCGCUUCUGCGUCCAUGCCGGCGAGAUUACCCAGCUGCUGGUGCCGCCCGAGAGCUGCAGCCCCCGCAUCCUCAAGUGCAUCUGCUCGGUGGCAUCGGACCACUCUGUAACACUGGUCUCCCUCCAGGAGCGCAAGUGCGUCACCCUGGCCAGCCGUCACCUGUUCCCGGUGGUGACCAUCAAGUGGCGUCCAUUGGACGACUUCCUCAUCGUGGGCUGUUCGGAUGGCAGUGUCUAUGUGUGGCAGAUGGAGACGGGCCACCUGGACCGGGUCCUGCACGGCAUGCUGGCCGAGGAGGUGCUCUCCGCCUGCGACGAGCAGGCCGAGGACGGCGGCUCUGCCGGUGGAGGCGGCGGAGGUGGAUCCAAUGGUGCCUCGGCCAGCGAAAUGGGCAUGGCCAAUCCGGCGGUGCACUUCUUCCGCGGCCUCAAGUCCCGGAACAUGAACGCCAUCCGGCAUGCCACCCAGCGCGGCAUCAACCAGCUCCAGCAGCUCCAGGGCCACAACCAGGGCAACUUCGACUUCCUGAUGAAGCAUCGGAGCAAUCCGCUGGUGAUCCAGGGACUGCGCACCAACCCCAAGGACGCCGAGAGCCACAUCCUGUUCUUCGACAUCGAGGGAUUGAUCUUCGAGCUGCACAGCGAGGAGUACGCCCAGAUGACGCCCGCCACCCUCGAGGCGCUGGGGGUGCACCUGAACAAUCCCAAGGACGGCAAGUCGAUGCACUUGGACGCCAGCAAGAAGAUCGGCGACUUCUUUAGCAAGGUCAAGAACAAGGCGGUGGACGUGGAGAAGAUCCUCAAGGACAAGGACAAGCACGGUCUCGUCCAGAAGUUCAAGGAGAAGACCGAGAUCGUGGAGAAGAAGGUCCAGGCCAAGGUGGAGAGCCUCCAGAAGGCCGUCGAGACGCACGAGGAGCAACAGGACCUCAAGAGCAAGAUCGCCUCCAAGAUGGAGGUCACGCACGUGAUGGAGGUGGCCCAGCUGCUCCUGUCGCUGCUCCAUUCGUGGGGUCUGGAUCCGCACCUGGACAAGAUGUGCGAGACGCGGCUGGGACUGCUCCGUCCCAUUGUGCCCAUCUCGUACGGUGUCCUGUCCAAGGCCGGGUACAUGUCCCUGCUGCUGCCGACGUGGCAGAACAACUACGCCAUACCGCCGGGCAUCCAGCUGCCCUCCAGCUCCAAGAAGCGGCCGCUGCCCGAGGAGCUGCAGCGACUGGAGCAUCUGACCGCUGUGUUUACGUCGCGGCUGCACUGGGAACUGAGCACCACACUGACGACCAAUCACAUCCUGGCCCUGGUGGCCAUGUCCAAUACAUUGCUCUCGAUGAGCGCCGCCUCCUUCCUGCCGGACAGCGAGAAGCACAAGAAGUUGCAGAAGCUGGCCCAGCGCACCGACUCGACGCUGAGCAAUGAGGAGGAGCGGGAGGAGCUGAUGGCCCACCACGUCUCCCAGAUCAAGCACGCCUGGAGCCUGCUGGCCACCCACCACUGCUUCCUGCUGCCGGACAAGAUCGAGGCCCUCGAGCCGAAGAAGUUCAAGCGGCCCCAGGUGGAGAUGAUGGUCAAGCGCUGGCAGCACCACUGCAUCGAGAUCCGGGAGGCCGCCCAGCAGAUCCUACUCGGCGAACUGACCCGGAUGGGCAAGAAGGGCCGCAAGCAGCUGGUCGAGAGCUGGGCCCAGUACCUGCCCCUGUACACCCACACGGAGCCGAUUGUGGGCGCCCAGCAGCAGCUGGCGCUGAUCAGCCAGCCAUCUGGCGGCGGAUCCGGCGGUUCGGGCUCUGGCAAUGGAGGAGGUGGAGGCAAUUCCGGGGGCGUAGGCGGAAGCGGCGGUGGCGGCAACUCGGGCGUAGGCGGAGGCGGCGGUGGGAAUGUGUCCGGGGACGCGCACCAGGACGAGGACUACGAGGAGGAGGAGGAGGAGAUCAUCCGGAAGCCGUCCAGCCUGUCGGAGCUGAAGCGGAAGCAGACCACUGCCGUGAUACUCCUGGGAGUGAUUGGCGCCGAGUUCGGGCAGGACAUCUCGCAGGAGUCGCCCAACCACCGGGGCAGCAUCAGUCUGGCCACAGGCGCCAGUCUGGCGGGCGGAGCCGGGGAGCGGCGCAAGUCCAGUGUGGUGGAGGGCUUCGGCAUCGCCAACAACCUGGCCCGGCUAACCUCCAUGGCCCUGGCCCACCUCCUCUAUGCGCCGCCGUCGCCCAAGCUGCCCCAGUACACGCCGCUGCGUCGGGCGGCCAUCGAUCUGCUGGGACGUGGCUUCACCGUCUGGGAGCCGUACCUGGACGUGUCCAAGGUGCUGCUCGGCCUGCUGGAGAUCUCGUGCGAGGGCAAGGCGGUGCCCAACCUGAACUACAAGCUGCCGCUGACACCGCAGGCGGAUGCCUGUCGGACGGCCCGGCAUGCCCUCCGGCUGAUAGCCACCGCCCGGCCGGCGGCCUUCAUCACGACGAUGGCCAGGGAGGUGGCCCGCUACAAUACGAUGCAGCAGAACGCCCAGUCGAUCAACACACCGCUUACCCAGUCGGUGCUGCACAAGGCCAAGGGCGAGAUCCUGCAGUGCGUGGAGAUGCUGAUCGACAAGAUGCAGUCGGAGAUCGCCGGGCUGCUGGUGGAGGUGAUGGACAUCGCCCUCCACUGCGUGGAUAGCAACGAGCUGAAGAGUCGCGGCCUCGCCGAGCUCUGCCCCUCGAUCUGCAAGUUCAACCAGAUAUCGCACUGCGGCCAGACCAGGAGGAUCGCCGUGGGGGCGAACAGCGGCAACCUGGCCAUCUACGAGCUGAGGCAGAACAAGUGCCAGAUGAUACCGGCCCACACGCAUCCGAUCACCUCGCUGGCCUUCUCGCCGGACGGCAAGUACCUGGUCUCCUACUCGUGCGCCGAGAACCGUCUCUCCUUCUGGCAGACCUCCACCGGGAUGUUCGGUCUGGGCCAGUCGCAGACCCGCUGCACCAAGGGCUACUCCACGGCCCCCAUACCGGAUGUCUCCCGUCUGAAUCCGAUGCGUCUGGCCAAGCUGGUGUGGAUCAACAAUCGGACAGUCACUUUGAUGCUGGCCGAUGGCUCCGAGACGCGGUUCAAUGUCUAAAAAAAGAAAAAAGUGGGGGGGUAGACACUCAAAUAGCAUGUUAUUAGGCAAUCAGAUCGGGCUUCAAAAGCUGCCGAGGAUCGAAGGAUGGAUGGAGGACUACUCUGGAGGACAAAACAAUAAUUAUUCAAAAAUAAAUGAAUGAAACAAAGAGAAAAAGCUAAGAAUUAAGAAACAAAAUCUAAAACAAUUUCAAAAGAGAAGAAAAACACACAUUUUGUUAUUUAUUUAUAUAUAUAUAUAUAUCCGUGGAUAUACCCUAACCCGUAUAUGUAUCUAUCCCCCCCCCUAAUCUGUAUGUAUUUUAAUGUAUUACACGAUUUUAAUAUUAUCCCCCCCCCCUACGCUUCUGCGCUUCUUCGUCCAUUUUUAAAAAUAAUAUUUUUCGAGUUUAGUGCAAGGUUUUACCCCCUUUUUUGUUCUAAACUCUAAACUCUAAACAGUAAACCGCAAAACCCCUUACAUCCAAAAAUAUUAACAAAAUAAACAAUUAAUCACAACCGAGAGAUAAAAAAACAAAAACAAUUAAAAAAAAAAACUAUAGAAGAAAAAGUCAAAAAAAAGAAAAAACAAAGAUUGAAAAGCUGUUAUUAUUAUUACAAAAAAAGAGAGAAAACUAUUAUUAUUACUAUUGUAUGCUACUAUUAUUAUUGAUAUUUGUUAUGCCUAAUGUAUUGUUAUAUAUAUAUAUAUCUAAAGUUUCAACAAAAACAAAAUGUAUCGAGCCGAGUUACGAGAAUUGCAAAUUGAAAAAAAAAACACAUGAGAACUAGAACUCCAAGCUAGAAUAUGAGAGUGUUUUUUUUUUGAUUUUCUUAAAUACUAUUAUUAAUUAUUGUAAUUCCUACUUCUUACUCUUCUUUCGAUGUAAUAUUUCUGCUUAAGAGUGUGUAUAAAGUCUUUGUUGUUCUGUGAGAAAAUUGUAUAGGAAAAUCUGUUUAUAAAAUACACAAAAAAAAAAAGAAUAAAACACACUUUCGAAAUAAUUCAUUUCCUGGGGGCCUGCACCCGUCAACUGUCAAGCCCAGAGAGUAUAACUACUUAUCCUAUAUAUUAUAUACAAAAAUACAUAUAUACAAUGUGUUAAUGCAGAGGCAUUUGGCAUUAUGUAUAUAGAGAAAAAUACCUAACUGAAUUAUGAGAAAUGAGAAAUUUGCAAUAUGUGUUCGUUUAUUAAUGUAUCUAAUACACUAUACAGACACACACUAUACCCUCACAGGCAGAUUUUGUGCUUAAUUUCAAUUACGAAUUACGAAAACCAAUAUAUAUGUGAGAUACAUGCAUACUUAUAUACGAGAUCCUUCAAUCAAAGUAUUACACAACAAAUAAAUGAAACGAUAACGAAUCGAAGCAACUACAACAAUUAUGUACGGAGUAUACAACAAAUAAAGUCAACCAAACAUGAGCAA